GCGGUCUCGCAGCGCGUCGACGCAGCAAGAGGCUAACGAUGAAAUCAGGGAAUCUCGACCUCCACUGCUCAAUUUCGUCUGAGGAGAACAUCGUCGAUAGGGCUCGUAAGCGUUAUCAGCAUUCAGUCCUUCGAGUGAGUCGUGGUUAUUGCGAUUCCAUCGAGAAGCCAUCGAGUCUCUCGUGUUCGGGAUCGGACUAAAGACAAUGCCGAGCAUAGAAGAUUUCGUCGUGGUUCGCAGCGUGAGCUCGGGCGCUUUCGGGAAAGUUGUUCUCGCCAAGCAUCGAACGAAGCAGGACAAUCAGUUAUAUGCAGUGAAAGUUAUGGAGAAGCAGCAUAUGCUCAACAAGAAUAUGGCCGAUAGGAUUAACAAGGAGAAGAAUGCGCUGGCGACGUCUCAUUCCGAUUACGUCGUGAAAAUAUUUUACGCUCUGGAGAGUCGCAGCAGGAUCUACCUGGUCAUGGAGUACAUGGUUGGAGGAGAUCUUAAAAGUCUUCUGAGACGGUACAUCAUCUUCCCGCAACAGGUAGCCACAUUCUACGUGGCCGAAUGCGCCUUGGCCUUGGAGUACCUCCACAAACAUGGAAUCAUCCACCGGGACAUCAAACCCGAUAACAUUCUAAUCGGGAGCAAUGGACAUAUCAAACUGACUGAUUUCGGCUUAUGCAACUUCAAACGAGAGAAUAUCGACUCCGGUAUUAUCGGAACUCCGGAUUAUCUGGCGCCCGAAAUUAUACGAGAAGAGCCGCAUACCCCGGCAGUCGACAUCUGGUCCUUAGGGGUGUGUCUGUACGAGUUCCUUGUGGGAUGUCCACCGUUCAUCGAUGAAACGGUGGAGAAGGUUUUCGCAAACAUCCUAGCCCGAGCAAUCGAGUAUCCGGAGGGAGAAGAAGCCCUGAGCUCCAAGGCUGUUGAAACGAUCGAAGUUCUGUUGAAUCCCAGUGUUGCACGAAGACCUUCGGCUGUAAGUCUUCGGGGCUUGCCCCUGUUCAAAGACAUGGAUUUCGUCAACAUGCACAAGCUUGAGCCGCCCUGGAUCCCCGAGUCAGGAGAGCACAGCGGGAACACGGCAGAUGAAUGCAUCGCUGAUACUCUUUCAGCCUACUAGGUUGACUUUUUCGGGGGUUGUGGGAGGUCUCCCAGAAAUCUGGAAUAUGAUUUAGUCUGGUUCUCGCUUAAUGCAGAGGUCGAGGGCCGAACUUCGAAAAUAUCUUCUGUGUCCCUCCAUUGUUGCUUACACCUUCUCACGAUCAGC